AUGACGACGCCGCUCGCGAGCGUCGUUCUGAACGUCGGCGACGACGUCGCGUCCCCCGGCGGCGCGCCGCCGCGGGAGAAGGCGUCGUCGACGUCCGCGCGUCGUGUCGUCUGGUGCGCGCUCGCGCGGAACGUCGACGCGCUGGACUGGGACCUCACUGCGUUCGAGCGCGCGUACGCCUUGAUCUUCUCUCUGCUCGCGUUCAUGCUCGUGUUUCGCCUGAACCGCGCGGCGAUACGGUUUUGGGACUGCCGCGCGGCGUGGGGCGCGAUCGUCAUGCGCGGUCGGAAUCUGGUGGACGAGAUGACGCGCCGCGCGACGCACUGGCCGUUGUUUUGCGCGCGGCGGAUGCGCGCGGCGGUCGGCGUCGCGACGCUCGCGACGGACGCGGGCGACGCGAGCCACGGCGACGGGCGCGGCGCGUGGAUCGUCGGCGCGCGAGGGGGGGCCGGGUCGACGAGACGCCACCGAGCGUCGGACGACGACGUGGCAUCCACGCGAAGUGUCGGACAGAAUGUCGGACAGCGCGUCGGACAAGACCGUCGGAGACGUCUGCACCCGAUUCUCGCCGGUGAGGUGUACACGCGGCUCAACUUCCAAAUCGACGAGCUCGUCGACAAGUGCGGCGUCCAGGAGCGCGUCCGCGCGACGCGGCUGCCCAUCGUCUACGUCACGCACCUCCGCACGUUUCUGAUGGGGUACCUGGUGUCGCUGCCGUUCGUGUUUCAAAAGUUUUGGGGCUGGGGCACGCCCGUCGCGGUCGCGUGCGUCGCGUUCGCGCUCCUCGGCGUCGAGGGCGCGGCGACCGAGUGCGAGAAUCCGUUUUCAAGGUGCGUCGCGUGCUGA